UAUUUGAAACCAACAUAAGACUGUAUAUCAGUGACUUUCUAAAAAGCAAAAAGUUGCAAUUAGCAAUUGACACCAGAACACUAAUCAAAACUUGAUCUUUAGAGAGAACUUUAGCCUUAAUGAUUAUAUAGGAAAACCAGAAAGGUUGGUGACCUGCUUUAAAAAAAAUGAAUGAAAUGCACCACCACUGAUGUCUCAGAUCCCCCAGUUACUCCCUCCACGCGCUACAUCACCUCAGCUUCCCCCGCCCCCACAGUGGUUAAAGUCUCGCUGCGGACGACUUCGGUUUCCUGGUCUAAAUCUGACACGUUCUAUUCUUCCGUGGCAGCUCCCGGGGGCCGGUGACAGACGGGGAGCCGGGCCAUUCCCACCACCGACGGAUGGAGCGAGGCGCAGUCAGGCCUUCUUUGACAGAGCUCUGUUUGGUGAAGUGAGAUGUCACCUCAUUACCAGCCAGGUUAGUGGGCCAUCUGGCGGCUGCCCGGAGACCGGUCAUCAGAGUCCGGCGGUAGACCCGGAGACGCUCCCUACCUUCUGCAGUCCCGAAGUCCCAAUCCGGGUCUCACUGUCAUUUGAGGAUGUCGCUGUGGACUUUAGCAAGGAGGAGUGGCAACAACUGGAUCCUGCUCAAAGACGCCUGUACUGGGAUGUGACCCUGGAGAACUACAGCCACCUGCGCUCAGUGGGAUACCAGGUUCCAAAACCAGAGGUCAUCUUCAGGUUGGAGCAAGGAGAGGGCCCAUGGGCAGUGGAGGAGGAAACCCCACAUCAGAGGUGUUCAGAUGAGGAUGUUGGGAAAACCCCAGAACAGAUAAUUUCUGGAGAAGUUUUAUUCCAUUGUGAGAAAUUUGGUCAAUCCAUAGGAGACGAUUCAUUAUGUUCCAUUUUAGAAGAAUUGUGGCAAGAUAAUGACCAUCUGGAGAGAUGUCAGGAAAACAAAAAUAACCUUGUAAGUCAUGUGAAAGUAUUGGUUAAGGAGAGGAGCUAUGAAUGUAAAAAUAUUGAAAAAAUAAUACCUGUGAGUACCAAGCUUGUUCCUUCAAUUAAAAGACUCCAUAACUGUGACACAUUUGGAAAGAGUUUGAAGCAUACUUUAAACUUACAUAAUCAUAAUAAAAGCAAUGCAACAAAGAACCUUGAUAAGAUUUUUGGAAAUAACAAUUUUUCCCAUAACUCUUCCUCUACUAAGAAUGAGAAUGCUAAUACAGGGACAAACUCCUGUGAACAUAAUAAAUGUGAAAAGCAUCUUGGCAAGAAACAAGUUCUCAUCCACCAUCAGAAAAUACAUACUGGAGAGAAACUUUAUGUAUGUACUGAAUGUGUAAAGAGCUUUACCCAGAAGUCACAUCUCUUUGAUCAUCAGAGAACUCAUGUUGGAGAAAAAUCCUAUGAAUGCAACAAAAGUGAGACAGUCCCCACUCAGAAGCCACAAAUUGAUGUACCUCAGAAUGUUUAUACAGGAGAGAAACCCUAUAUAUGUACUCAGUGUGGGAAGGCCUUUACUCUCAAGUCAAACCUCAUUACACAUCAGAAAAUUCAUACUGGGCUGAAACCCUAUAAAUGCAGUGAAUGUGGAAAAGCCUUUUUCCACAGAUCGUAUCUCUUUAGACAUAUGAGAAUUCAUACAGGAGAAAAACCUUAUGAGUGCAGUGAAUGUGGAAGAGGCUUCUCCCAGAAUUCAGACCUCAUUAUACAUCAGAAAACUCACACUGGAGAGAAACACUAUGCAUGCAGUGAGUGUGGCAAAGCCUUCACCAGAAAAUCAGCACUCAGGAUGCAUCAACGAAUUCACACAGGAGAGAAACCCUAUGUAUGUACCGAAUGUGGAAAGGCCUUCAUCCAGAAAUCACAUUUCAAUACACAUCAGAGAAUUCAUACUGGAGAAAAGCCUUAUGAAUGCAGUGACUGUGGGAAAUCAUUCACUAAGAAGUCGCAACUCCAUGUGCAUCAAAGAAUUCACACAGGAGAAAAACCCUAUAUAUGUACAGAAUGUGGAAAGGUCUUCACUCAUAGGACAAAUCUCACUACACAUCAGAAAACUCAUACUGGAGAGAAACCCUAUAUGUGUGCUGAAUGUGGGAAGGCUUUCAGUGAUCAGUCAAAUCUCAUUAAACACCAGAAAACUCAUACUGGAGAAAAGCCCUAUAAAUGCAAUGGCUGUGGAAAAGCCUUCAUAUGGAAGUCACGCCUCAAAAUACAUCAGAAAUCCCAUAUUGGAGAGAGACACUAUGAAUGCAAUGAAUGUGGGAAAGCCUUUAUCCAGAAAUCAACACUAAGCGUGCAUCAGAGAAUCCAUACAGGAGAGAAGCCCUACAUUUGUCCUGAAUGUGGAAAGGCCUUCAUCCAGAAAUCACACUUCAUUGCACAUUAUAGAAUUCACACCGGAGAGAAGCCUUAUGAAUGCAGUGACUGUGGAAAAUGCUUCACUAAGAAGUCACAACUCCAUGUACAUCAGAAAAUUCACACAGGUGAGAAACCUAAUGUAUGUGCUGAAUGUGGGAAGGCCUUCACUGACAGGUCAAAUCUCAUAACACACCAGAAAAUACAUACUAGAGAGAAACCCUAUAAAUGCAAUGAUUGUGGAAAAACUUUCACAUGGAAGUCACGCCUCACUAUGCAUCAGAAAUCACAUACUGGAGAGAGACACUAUGAAUUCAGUAAAUGUGGGAAAGCUUUUAUCCAGAAAGCAACACUAAGUAUGCAUCAGAUAACUCAUACAGGCAAUAAACCCUAUGCUUGUACAGAAUGUCAGAAGGCCUUCACUGACUGAUCAAAUCUCAUUAAACAUCAGAAAACUCAUAGUGGAGAAAAACUCUAUAAGGCCAAUGACUGAAAAAGCCUUCAGGGGGAAUUGACAACUGGGUAUAAAUCAGAUGUGUCCAAAUGGGGAAGAGGAGUGCCUGAUGCUAUGAUCAUUGUUCAGAGGGAAGUAGGUAAGACAGACUACAGCGUAAGUGAACAGAAAGCAAAAAAAGCUAAGUAUCCCUCAGUUGUUGGAAAUAAAAGUACCUGCAUCACCACAGCUGAUAUGCAAUUAUAUGUGUAGAGAGGCACUUUGAUAAAGCAUUUGAGCAAUAGUACUAUUUGAUUUCAAGACUCAUAAAGAGACUCUCAAACUCCUGCAAAUGGUAGAAAGAGAGACCUCAGUAGGUAACUUAUCUCUUAUGUUUCACUUUUUGGAUAAAGAACUUUAUAAAUUCAGCUCUUAUUAGUUCUUCAUACCCUGAGAUGAUGUAAAAGUACUAAAUAUUGGGCAAAAUAUUUUCAAAUCACUAGAGUGGGGAGAAGAGUUUUCAUUGUCCAAACACAUGCAAGGCACUGAAGUCGAGCCAAAAAGCUAUUUGGGAAUGCAGAUCUGUGAGUAGAAGCUAGAAGUCUUUGUGAUCAUUGACAUUUAAGGCACAGAAAGGAUUACCAUGAGGAACAUUCUUUCUCUUCCCUUUGAGAAGUCACCAUGGUAAAAAUUUAAUUUUUAAACUUAAAGUCUGACUAUGCAUCUGCAAAUUAGGCAUAGCUCUAGCCUGCAUUACAGGAAUAUAGUUAUUAAAUGUUACAGAUACCUAAAGGUGGCAAUUGCUCCCUUAUUAAUUUCAUGCUGUGGCAGCAGGUGAAUCACACCCAAAAAGUAUGCAUACCUGCAUACCUUCUAACCUAUGCCCCAACAGCUAUCAUUUAUAUAAUCUGCAUCCCAUAGCUUGAGUAACCCAAGACAGUGGAACUGAGCCACAGCACUCUGGACCUCUAGCCUUGUGCACUGGAGCUUCUGGUCUCUUUGGGAUUCCCGGUUGAAAAAGAAUGGUUGAGAAAUUGGGUUUCAAUACAAAAAGUUUCAAUUCUGUUUUUCUCCCAGUUUGGUUAAGAUAUAAUUUUCUACACACACAUUGAGUAGUUUUGUUUAGAUUGCUGUGAAGUUUUAAAGUUACACUGUAUUUAGUUACGUAGCUAAAAAAUGACUUUAUUAUAGUUGAAUAACUGGAAGACUUCUCUAGAAAGAGCACUGGUCUUUUGUUGAACACUGAUAUACACUUUCUCAUUUUCCGUUAAACACUCUUAAGAAAAGGGGCAUUCUUUCUACCAUUCAAUUUUAUUUUCAAACCUUUUUAUUAAAGUAUAAUACAUAGAGAAAAUGCACAUAUCAUAAGCAUACAGGUCAAUGAAUUCUCACAAACUGCAUACUCAGGUCAAGAAACAGAAGAUGACUAACACCCCAGAAGCACUCCCUGUACCCCUUUCUAGGCCCUUCCCUGAACCCAAGGUGAACACUAUCCUGACUUCUAACAGCAUAGAUUAGUUUUGUCUAUCUGCUAUUAUAGUUCAGUCAAACAAUUUCAUAUUUUAGUAAUAUACUCAUUAGUGUCUUUCACUCAUAUAUAUGUGAGAUUCACCCAUAUUGUUGAAUGUAGUGGCAGGUAAUUCAUUCUCACUGUCAUGUUACAUUCCAUUGUGUGAAUAUGCUGCAAUAUAUUUAUCCAUUCUACUGUUGAUGGACAUUUGGGUUGUUUGCAGCUUGGGGCUAUUAGGAAUAGUACUACUUUAAAUAUUUCAGUACCUGUCUAUUGAUGAACAUAUUUAUGCAUUUCUGUUAGGUCUAUCUCUAGGAGUUGAACUGCCAGGUCAUAGAGUAUCCAUAUGCUCAGCUUUAGUUUUUAAACUAGUUUUCUAAAGUGGCUAUACCAGCAUGCACUCCCAUCAGCACAGCACAUGAGUUGUGGUUGCUCCACAUCCUUGCCAACUUGGUAAUUUCCACCUUUUUCACUUUAGCCCCUAUGGUGGGUAUACAGUUAUAUCUUGGUGUGGUUUUAAUUUUUAUUUCUUUGUCCUCCAAUCCCACCAUAGUGUCUCCACAAGGUGGUUUACUGAUAUAUGAGAUCUGAGACCCAAGCAUGGUCUUCAUGUGGCUGUACCAUUUUACAUCCCACCAGCCAUAGUAAGCAUUUAGUAAGUUUAAAUCUUCCCACACACAAAAAAACCCCAAAGCCAGAUGGUUUAACUGGUCAAUUGCAUUUAAUAUUUACAGGAGAAAUAAUAUGAACAAAUAUUAUAAUCAUUAUAAAAAAACAGAAGAGGAACAUUCCCAAACUCUGUGAGGCCAGUAUUACCCUGAUCCUUAAGCCAUACAAACACAUCACAAGAAAAGAAAACUACAGACCAAUAUUCCUCAUGAAUAUAGACAUAAAAAUCUUCAACAAAAUAUUAGCAAAUUGAACCUAGUAACAUAAAAUGAUUAUACAUCAUGACCAAGUGGGGUUUCUUCCAGUGAUGCAAGACUGCUUCAACAUUCAAAAACCAGUAUAAUCUACCAUAUUAACAGGCUAAAGAAGAAAAAUCAUAUCAUCUACAGAUUCAACUCAACUUUACUAAACUUCCAGCAGUCUUUCUUCCCCCAAAAUUGAUAAACUAGCUCUAAAAUUUACACAGAAAUAGAAAGGAUCAAGAAUAGCAAAAAGGAAUUUGCCAAAGAACAAAGUGGGAGGACAUUUAUCUUCCAAUUUCAAAGUUACUAUAAAGCCACAAUAAUUAAGACAGUAUGGUACUGGCAUGGGGACAGUAGAAUAGAACAAAGUCCAGGAAUAAACCCUCAUAUUUAUGGUGAAUAUCUUGUACAAAAGUGUGAAGGUAAUACAAUGGGGGAAAGAAAAGUAUUUUCAACAUUUGGCAGGGAUAACUGAAUGUCCAUACACAAAAAGAUUAAAUUUUACUUCACACCACACUAAAAAUUAACUCAAAUGGAUCAGAGACACAGAAGCUAAAACUAUAUAAGUUUUAAUAGAAGACAUACGAGAAAAUUUCUGUGACCUCAUAGUAGGCAAGGAAUUCUUAGGAUACCAAGAGCAUGACCCAUAAAGAAAAAAUGAUAAAUUGGACUUCAUCAAACCAAAAGCCAAAAAAAGGUUUGUGCUUCAAAAGACACCAUUAAGAAAAUGAAAACACAAAACAGAGACUGGG